AUGCCGGGUGCGCCCUGCCUCCGGUGGCUGCUCCUGGCCGUCGCCUGCUCCGGGCUUCCCGGGGCGCGGCCCUGGGCCCCGCGGGCCUUGGGAGAGGAGGAGGAAGAGGAGGCCCCGCCGACCCCCCGGCCGCCCGUCCUCUGCGACUAUGACCGCUGCCGCCACCUGCAGGUCCCGUGCCGAGAGCUGCAGGCGGGCCCGGCGCCCUGCCUGUGCCCCGGGCUCUCCAGCCCGGACCGGCCGCCCCUGCCGCCGCGCCUGGCGGACGUGCACGUGGCGGCCGAGGCGGGCGGCGCCGAGGUGCGCUGGUGCGCGCCCUCCUCGCCGGUGCUGCGCUACUGGCUGCUGCUGUGGGAGGGCGGCGGGCCCCCGCGGCGCAGCGGCCCCUUCGACGCCACCGUGCGCCGCGCCGAGCUGCGGGGGCUGCGGCCCGGGGGCGCCUACUUCGUGUGCGUGGUGGCGGCCAACGCGGCGGGCGAGAGCGGCGCGCCCGGGCCCGCGGCGGCCCCCGAGGGCUCCGCGGGCGGCCCUGCCCUGGGGCCGUGCGGCCCGGUGGCCGUGCCCCCGCGGCCCGGGAUCCUGGUGCACGCGGCCGUGGGGGUGGGCGCGGCGCUGGCCCUGCUGAGCGUUGGCGCCCUGGUCUGGCACUGCUGGCUGCGGGAGCGCUGCGGCUGCCCCCGCCGCCCCCGCCAACCCCGGGGGCCCACUGA